AUGGGGGACGACAGCCGUGCGUGGCUCGCCAUGCAAGGCAAGGCGCCGCAGGGCCCGGCCGGUCCGUCGCGCGAGGCGAUGGAGAGUGCGACGAUGCGCCUCGGUCCAUCGCACGCACGCCGGUCGCAUGCACCCCAGAGCGGUGAUCUGGCAUACGAGGCGUUUCAACAAGCGAACGCGGAUCCAGCGCAGCUCGAGCGCGCAUGGCAGCACCACCAGCAGACCACGCGGGACGUGGAUACGCGCGCGAGUGCUUCGUUCUUGGAAGCGCUCGCGGCGGCGGAGAAGGAGGAGCACGCCACCGCCCAGCCAGCCAUGCCGCUCAUGGCCGCACUAGACGACGAGUGGCGGCCGCCGUCUCCCUCCCAGGGCGCACGUAUGACGCGCGAGCAGUAUCGCAUGCACGUGGAAUUGGCGCGUGCACAAGCUGGGCUAUGUGACGACCAGCCGUUCCGCCGCGCCGAGCUCGUGGAGCCGCCGCCGGACGAUGCGGCACUCGAAGAGGGUGUCUAUGCCCGCACGCCGGAAGCGGCGCUGGAGAGCGUGUGGGAUGCACAGCGUGCGCGAGCGACACGCGUCGCGCACUUUCGCGAGACGACAGCUGGAUCUGUGCCUACAUCUACCUACACCCAGGUACGGGGCCAGGCCAUCGUGGACCGGUUGCGUGGAUGGCUCGUUCGGGCGGGAUACACGGACGACGUGUACGGUCUGCCGCCGCUGACCGCGCAGAUGUUUGGCGAGGCGACGAUGGCCGGCGACGAUGCCGAGACGGAGGCGCGUCGCGCCACGGCGAUCCGGCGUCUGGAUGCGCUCUGUCGGCACCUGUCGACGAGCGACACGAAGGAUGCCUCGCAGAUGGAGGCAUGGCUCGAGGCGCACUCAGAGAAUAGACGUUAG